CCUAUCUAAAAGGAGAGAAAGAUGCGGUUGGAGCAAAAAAUGUAUUUGCCCCCAAAAGUAACACAAUAGCUUCCUUACUGGGAAAGGUUGGUUUCUCCCACACAUUUUAAUAGUCCAUCGACAUCAUAUGUACCUCUAUAUAAACAGAUUAGUAUUCUGAUGGCGUGUCAAGUCAGUUUGACACAUUUUGGUGGUCAUAUAAUAAGACUCGCACUGUAGAUGACAUGUCAGUCCGCUAGUGAAAAUUCCUGAACUUUGUUUUUCCGUCUUUGUUUUACAACGUUCAUUCCACUUCCAUAUCUGUACACAUCCUUCACGUCAGACUUCUAAAGUGGAGUUAAUAAAAAAAUCUUUUGAUUGGACGGGUUUGUUGGGAAACUGAGUUAAAAACUGAUUGUAUGCUGUUAGUGCUCGAAAAUUUGUAUAUGUUUCCUAAUAAGUCAUAUUUUUUAUGUUAAGAAAUUUAAGUGAAUCCAUUUACUUCAUUACAACAAUGGUGAAAUGUCGAAAAGGUGAUGGAAAAACUGCUUCCCCCAGUUUUUCCAUCACCUUUUCGACAGUUUCCCGCAUUUCCCCGAAGAUCCGUCCGGCGGUUCUAGCCGUUGAGAGAAGCAUGAACUUUCAAACCUGUCGAGCAACGAACGGUCCUCUCGCACGCUCGCUUCCUGCACGCGCAGAGCGUUCCUUGGGCUUCAGAGCAGAGAGGGUACAGGACGCGAUGCCGAUGCCGGAGUGCAUCGGAGCCUGCGAGCUGCAAAACUCUCACUCGUGUGCAGAAUGUGGCGGAUUGCCUGACGGUGACGAAGCUGUUGUUAAUGGGUGCAUUUUCAUCGACGAAUGCGCAUUCAUUUUCCUGGGGCCUAGGACUUCAGGCACCAGUGUCCACUUCGCUGCGGACGACUUGUGUUUGAAUCUUUCAGGAGCUGCGUUCCUCCUGAGAGCGAGGGCAGUGUCGAAUGAUUGAAAAUUACGCGUCGAGAAGACGAACCUCCGCACCGCUGUGCAGUAUUCUACGUCGUUCCUCUCGUUCUGCGCAAUCUUGUGAUGUAUAUGAGCUGCAGGUCGAGACAGUUCUGUGAAAGAGCCCGGAGACACUGAUCGCGUACUAGAAAACUUGCUGCCGCAGAUGGAUGAAACUUGUCGUGGCCAGAACGGCCGAAGUCCCGGAGGUGUCUCGGAGGCGGAGAUUUACAGCAGCCCCGCGUCCCGAGCUCGCUAUGAGGCGUACAGCAGAUUGCAAGCGAGUGCGGUGGCCUUCGGCGAGUACCUGCCCAUUCCAGAAAUUGUCGCCGUCGGAGGACAGUCGGAUGGGAAGAGCUCCCUCCUGGAAGCGCUGCUGGGAUUCAGGUUCAAUGUCCGGGAGGUGGAAAUGGGCACGAGGAGGCCGCUCAUGCUCCAGAUGAUUCAUGACCCCGGCGCUCUCGAGCCGCGGUGCCGGCUGCAGGAUGAGGACUCGGACGAGUAUGGCCCUGCAAUCGUCCCAGCAUCGGCUGUGGCCGAGGCCAUUCGAUCGCGUACGGAACUGUUUCUCAAGAGGACAGGCACGGCAGUGGCCUCCAAGCCCAUCGUAAUGCGCGCGGAGUACGCCUUCUGCUCGAACCUGACCAUCAUCGACACGCCGGGGUUCAUCCUCAAGGCCAAGAAGGGCGAGUCCGAGAGCACGCCCGACGACAUCGUGGCCAUGGUGAGGGAGCUGGCCGCGCCGCCCAACCGCAUCCUCGUCUUCCUCCAGCAGAGCAGCGUCGAAUGGUGCUCGUCCCUCUGGCUCGACACCGUGCGCGCCAUCGACCCGGCGCUGCGGCGCACCAUCGUGGUCGUGUCCAAAUUCGACAACCGCCUCAAGGAAUUCGCCGAGAAGUGGGAGGUCGAUCGGUACCUGAGCGCCGGAGGCUACCUGGGCGACAGCACGCGGCCCUUCUUCGUGGCGCUGCCCAAGGAACGAUCGUCGGUCUCGAACGAAGAAUUUCGCCGGUCGAUCGCCCGAGUGGACAACGAGGUCGUGCGGCAUCUUCGUGAGAAUGUGAGCGGCGGCUUCGACGAGGAUCAAUUCGGCGAUCGCAUCGGCUUCUCCAACCUGCGCAGGUUUCUCGAGGCCGAGCUCCAGAGGCGGUACAGGCAGUCUGCGCCCGCCACUCUGGCGCUGCUCGAGCAGCGCUGCGACGAGGUGGCGGCCCGGCUGGCCUCCAUCGACGCGCGCCUCUCGAACUCCGCCGACGUCGCGUCGCUGCGCCGCGCGACGAUGAUGCACGCCGCGGCGCUGGGGCGGCAAGUCGUGGCGCUGCUGGACGGAGUGGCCGAGCCCGACCCGGCCGAGUGGGGGCGCACGACGUACGAGGAGCGCACCGAGAGCCGCAUCACCAAGUGGCCCGGCGUGGCCGGCGACGUGCUCCCGGCUAACGCCGGUCUGCGCAUGUACGGCGGAGCCGCCUUCGAGCGCGUGCUCGAGGAGUUCCGCUACGCCGCCUGCUCGCUGGACUGCCCGCCCAUCUCGCGCGUCGAGGUGGCCAACAUCCUGUUAGCGCAGGCCGGGCGACCCGGCGCGGCGGCCGCGGCCAUCUCCAUCGCCCGGUCCGCCGCCAAGUCCUGGCUCAGCCCGCUGCUCGACACGGCCUGCAACCGGCUGGCGCACGUGCUCUCCAGCCUCUUCGACCUGGGCCUGGAGCGCAUCCGCAUCGAGGACUCGUACCGCGACUCCGCGUCCUGCGACCGGCUCGAGAUCAACCUUUCGGGCUACGUCGCGUUCCACGCCGCGCUGCGCCGGGCGCACCAGCGAUUCAUCCGCGACUCGAACAAGCGCUGCAAGGAGUCGGUGCGCGAGCAGCUGAUGGCCGUGACGAGCUCGUACAUCCAUCAGCUGAAGUGCGGCUGGGAGAGCAACGCCACGGUUUUCUCGUCCCGACCCGGCACUGGAUUCUCGCAGAAUUUGUCUGCGCCUCCUCUUUGCCUCGACGGCAGCGACGGCAUCGAGCCUGGGCUUCUGGGUGCGUUUGCUGAGGCGGGCGACGAAGAGAAUGUGCCUCCUCAUGGAUCGCAGACUGAUAAUCGCAUGAAUGUGGAUAUCGUCAGUCCAGGGAAGGGCGAGAGGCUCAUGGUGAGGGAGAGCCAGAUGACAGUUCCGGACACGCCAUCCCCCGACCAGCAUCAUGCCAAAGAGGCAGCCUGCGCUGCCAAAAGGAAGGAGUUCGCUCUGAACAACAGCAGGUUCGUCGCUGCAGUCGGAGGCGGAGAUCACCGCAAGAAGAAGGGAGUUGGGAGUCGACUGACCUUGCAACAGGCGAAUGAUGGGCGGAGCUUGAACUGUGGAAACAAGACAGAUCCUUAUACCGAAGUCUGCACCAUGGCCACCGAGCACUUUGGGAAAAUUCGUGAUAUGCUAGUCAAGCGUACUGUCCCAUUGACACUCAACUCUGGCUUCUUGAACCCCAUCCGCGAUCGACUUGCUGGGGAGGUCGCCGUGGAGCUCUUUGCAACGACGGACGAGCGGUUUAUGGAGAUGUUUGUUGCUCCAGAGGCCCUUGAAAAACUACAGAAAGAGCGAGAUGUUUUGUACAAGCACUGCCUCACUCUCUCCAAUUGCCUGGAGGAGUUUCGAACUUUGGCUUGCUCUCUGUGAGGCGCAAACCAUGUCAAUAGCAGUAAAUUUUGUGUACAUAGCUCCUUAGUUGCUCUAAUCGGGUCUGUAAAAUUAGAUACCAUUUCACUGCUGAACAUUGCCUGGAUAUAAGGUUCCUUAUUCAACUCAGGUUGAACCGAGAUCGACCAAGUAGCCACCAAUGAUGCCCCUGAUUGCAAUCUCUGAAUGUGAUGCGGAAAAUUCAACAUCUUUCCAAAAAAUUUGGACAGAGGAUCUUACACUGCAGGCCUCGUAAGCGUACUGCCGCGCAACAUUUGGACAAUUGUGUUGGGGAGCCUCAGCAGCCGUUAUUUACCAGACAAGUGAUAAUAUAUAUUUGACCUUGUUUUAUACAGCGGUUAAUAUUGAAAGUUAAACUUGAUACUUCGUCGAAGAAUUCUACGCCAAAAUCUCUCUGUAUCAAGACUCUCACACUAUGAAGACACAUCAAAGGCAGUUUAAUCUCAGAUGUACGGAUUUGACUCGCAGUACGGGUCAUAUUUUCACUGAAUCUGGCAUCUCUUUGGCACUUUGGAAUCACCACUCGUGAUGUGCUCCGUUCCAUUUUUAAUUACUGGAGUAAGUGCUUCCUCCACAACACUGACAUGACAUGACAGGUGACCAUUUCUCCUUCCCUCACAACCAAGCGGAUGAAACCAUCUCAAACAGUUGAGGGAAGGCGAAUCGGCCCAUAGAGAAAGUACUGUAUGCAUCUGCUUCUGAUCAACUCCUUCUCCAAUCUACUCUCCUC